UUAACUGUGAAGAACCGUUGUAAUUCCUUAUAAUCAUUAAUUUUUUUUUAUUAUUGACACAACAACAACAAUACAACAGCACAAAGAUGACAAAAAUUCUACGUAUAUUAAACAGAACACUUAUAAAUCAUGAAUUAACUAAUAUAUUAAUGAGACAAAAUCUUAGAUCUAUGAUAAAUUUACCAAACCAUUGUUACUCAUCUGAAAGUUCUGAUGUUAAGAUUAAGAAAUCAACUUUGUAUCGUCAGUUGUAUUCUAAAAUUAUGACUUGUGGACCAUUAUCUGUCGCAGAAUAUAUGAAAGAAAUUUUAACUCAUCCAUAUGUUGGUUAUUACAUGAACAAAGAUGUUUUUGGUCUUAAAGGAGAUUUCAUUACUUCACCAGAAAUAUCUCAACUUUUUGGAGAAAUAUUAGCUGUUUGGAUUAUUAAUGAAUGGAUUAAGAUCUCUAAAGAUCCUUUUCAGCUUAUUGAGUUAGGUCCAGGAAAGGGAACAAUGAUACAAGAUAUUUUACGAGUAUUUAAAAAGUUAACAUUUAUUAACAAAAUAUCUGUUCAUUUGGUAGAAAUCAGUCCUGCUUUAUCUACAAUUCAAGCACAGAAUCUAUGUACAUAUAUAGAAGAAAAUAAUCCUGCUGACUGUAAAACACAAACACAAAAAAAUUCAAUAGGUCAUUAUAAAAAAGGUAUUACAGAAGAUGGUGUAGAAGUAUAUUGGUAUUAUUCAGUUACUGAUAUUCCUAAAAAGUUCAGUGUGUUUCUUGCACAUGAAUUUUUUGAUGCACUACCAAUACAUAAGUUUCAGAAAACAGAUCAAGGAUGGAGUGAAGUCUUAGUGGAUGUGAUUCCAGGAAUAGAGGAAGAGAAAUUUCGUUAUGUAUUAUCUAAAGGGUCAUCUCCUGCAGCUCAAGUUUAUAUAUCUGAAAAUGAAUCAAGAGAUCAUGUUGAAAUAAGUCCUCAAAGUUUAGUUAUAACAGAUUAUAUAUCAUCAUUUUUAGUGGAAUGUGGAGGUUUUGCUUUAAUCAUUGAUUAUGGUCACAUUGGUGAUAAAACAGAUACCUUUCGUGCUUUUCGAAAGCACCAACUGUAUGAUCCCUUAUUAAAUCCAGGUUCAGCUGACUUAACUGCAGAUGUUGAUUUUUCAUUAAUACAAAAAAUAGCACAAAAAGAUAACAGAAUAAUAUCUUUUGGUCCAAUAAGUCAAAAAAUAUUUUUGAAAAAUCUUGGAAUCGAUGUAAGAUUAGAAAUAAUUUUAAAAAAUUCAACUGAUAUUGAGAAGGAACAUAUUCUGUCAGGAUAUCAUAUGAUAAUGGAUACUGAUAAGAUGGGAGAACGUUUUAAAGUGUUAGCAUUAUUUCCAUAUAUUUUAAGUAAAUACAUGGACACAUGGUUUGUCAAUGGAUUUAAACAAGGAAAUAAUGAUCAGAAUUAACAAAAGAUACUUUUCACUUAUUUUUUAACAUAAUUACAUUCUUAUAAAAUUUAUGUACAAUUUAUUAAUGUUUAUAUUUGUCCCAUAUUUUCUUAAAAUCUAAAACUUUUUCUCUUUGUUGUUCAAAGGUUUCCCUUUUUGGUUUUCUCCAUAAAUUAUGAUCUAAAUCUAAUAUUCCACCAAUUAUUUCCUAGAAUAAAAAAAGAAAAAAAAAAAGAAAAAAAAAAACAAACAAAUUAUAUAAAGUGAAAAAAAUUAAUAUGCAAUAUAUUUUUCUGAUGAAUCAUAAAAA